AUGACCCACUGUUGCUCCCCUUGCUGUCAGCCUACCUGCUGCAGGACCACCUGCUGCAGGACCACCUGCUGGCAGCCCACCACUGUAACCACCUGCCGCAGCACACCCUGCUGCCAGCCCUCCUGCUGUGUGUCCAGCUGCUGCCAGCCUUGCUGUCACCCAACUUGCUGUCAAAACACCUGCUGCCAGCCCACCUGUGUGACCAGCUGCUGCCAGCCUUCCUGCUGCAGCACACCCUGCUGCCAGCCCACCUGCUGUAGGACCACCUGCUGCCAGCCCACCUGUGUGACCAGCUGCUGUCAGCCUUCCUGCUGCAGCACACCCUGCUGCCAGCCCACCUGCUGUGGGUCCAGCUGCUGCCAGCCCAGCUGCUGUGCACCCGUCUACUGCAGGAGAACCUGCUACCACCCCACGUGUGUCUACCUGCCUGGUGGCCUAAACCAGAGCUGUGGCUCCAGCUGCUGCCAGCCCUGCUGCCGCCCAGCCUGCUGUGAGACCACGUGCUGCAGGACCACUUGCUUCCAGCCCACCUGUGUGACCAGCUGCUGUCAGCCUGCUUGCUGCUGA